AUGGUCCUGCGCGUCACGACUUGGAAUGUCAAUGGCAUGCGGACCUUGCUUGAACACCAGCCAUGGAAAAGCGCUAAGACCAUGGAGAACAUGUUUGACAUCCUAGAGGCAGACAUUGUGAUCUUCCAGGAGGCAAAGGUCCAGCGGAAAGACCUUCCGGAUGACAUGGUUCUGCUGGAUGGGUGGGAGAGCUACUGGAGCUUUCCAAAGGAGAAGAAAGGCUACUCUGGUGUUGUGGUCUACACUCGAAACGCGAAGUGCACUCCCAUCAGAGUGGAAGAGGGCUUCACAGGCUGCCUGACUGUGCCUGGCACUUCUGUGCCUUAUCGAGAAUUGGCGAAAGAACAGCAGAUUGGAGGAUACCCUGAUGCCGCGGCCCUCUCCGAUCACCGGUACAAACUGGAAAGCCUCGACUCGGAAGGAAGAUGCGUCCUAGUCGAAUUCCAAGCAUUUGUGCUCAUUGCCACCUAUUUCCCUGCCGAGCGGGAUGAAUCACGCACUCACUAUCGCCUCAACUUCCUGCAGGUCCUGGAGGUGAGGAUCCGAAAUCUGGUCAAAAUGGGCAAGAGAGUGGUUCUAGCAGGCGACCUCAAUAUCAGCCGCGAGGAAAUUGAUACUGCGCACAUCGGCAAGGCCAUGCUCCAGCCUCAAUUCGAUCCAGUCGAAUGGAUUUCCACUCCGCCACGGAGGUGGCUCAACCAUCUUCUAGUGGGAGGCAGAAUAUAUGGGCCGAGAGAUACAGGAAGGGAGCCUAUCUUGUGGGACGUUUGUCGAUCCUUCCACGAAGGCCGCGUUGGCAUGUACACCUGCUGGGAGACCAGAAUCAAUGCUCGACCGGGAAAUUAUGGGGCGAGGAUCGACUAUAUCAUAUGCAACCACGACAUGAAGGAAUGGUUCAGUGCCUCCAACAUCCAAGAGGGGCUGAUGGGGUCUGAUCAUUGUCCGGUCUAUGCUGAUUUGAAAGAUACGGUGGUCGUGGAUGGUAUCGAAAGACAUAUCUUGGACCUGGUCAACCCACCGGGUAUGUUCGUGCGUGGGAUUCGUCAAGAGGCCCGGAGAGCGGAACAUGCCCUGCCCUUGUCCGGCAGACUUCUAGGUGAAUUCCGUAACAGACAGAGCAUCAAAGACAUGCUCACACGACAGCCGGUUCCCCCAAAGGUGGAGAGCAGUCUACAAGUGCUUGCGCCGCGCACUACAGGCGAGCUACCACCUCCAGCCUUCCACAAACAGACUAUGGCACCACGGUAUCCCCAACAGUCUCCAACUCCAGAUAUAGACAGCAUUCUUAGGCAACUUCCGCCAUACAGUCCAAGAGACCGGAUACCUCGACCCGUCGACGGAGAGCCCGGGGCUGCACAAGAUGAUUUACAACUCGUUCAAACAGAUAUGCCAUCGGCGCCCUCCCACGAUGAUGCCUGGUGUUCGGGGUCCAGUUGUGGUAAACGCCCAGGAACGACUGUCGGCGAAAGUCGUCCAGCUAAGAGAAGGCUGGGUCUGGGGCAGACCAUUUUAAAGGAUCUGGGACGGGCAACUUCGAAGGGGCCAGGACAGAAACCGUCAAAGGGUCUGAGACGGACGAGUUCGACGAAGCUCAAAGACCAGCAGACCCUACCGGACUUCUUCUCGCGGGCCUCACUUCCGUCGGAGCCAGAGGCCAAGGUGAAGACGGGGCCGAGACGAGAAGACGAUCAGGGGUUACUUUCCUUACCACUCGCCCAACGCAGCGAACGAGACGACGUGAUGACAGUGGCUACAGCAGUGGACGCCCAGGCCGGCCCGACAUUGCCCCAACAGUCAGCCACCACCAGAAUCUGGAUUAGCAACCUCCUCAACAACGAAGACGGACAUGUCGAAGGGAAGACUGAAGUCGCCCCGAAACCCCCAGCCAAACCCACUGCUGCUGAAACCAAAGACUCGUGGCGCAAGUUGUUGGCCCCGCCUGUUGCGCCCUUGUGCGAUCACAACGAACCGUGCAAAAAGGAUACCGUGAAGAAACCCCAUCUGAACGCCGGUCGAAUGUUUUGGGUGUGCGCACGACCGGUAGGCCCAAGCGGUAAGAACGAAUCCGGCACAGUGUGGUCGUGCAAAACGUUUUUCUGGCAUAGUGAUUGGGAGACGCAGUCGAGGCAGACGGGCACUCGAGCCAGAUGA